AUGGGAAGUGUGUGGGGAGAGGCCCAUACCCAUUCUGAUACACCCUAUCAGCAGCUAUGGCUGCUUGAUGGCGGGUUCAAACGCGACUCAUUCGUGUACUACGGCUCAUGGGAAGAAGACAACUCUAUUGUGUAUAGAAUCACCACGAACACCGCCACAAUGAACAAGAUCUUUGCCACAUUCACGCCCGUCAAAGCAAACUAUGUCCUUCUCAAGGUCCAACUUGCCACGCCAGCGGCAGCAUACAAUCAACUAAAAGCAAACGCACCUCAUGCUAUGCUCCCGCCAGACGACUUCAAAUCAGCCCUGGGGGACAAGAACUUCAUUACUGCACAGCCUUGGGGAGGGUUCAAGGGAUCCGAAAUCAGGGAGUUUGUCAGGGCCAAUGAGUCUAAGAUCCUCAUUGAGAAGAGGGAGUACAACACCAUGAGGGUCUACACCAUUGUUUGGGCACCGAAUGGGGACAAAUGUCGACUGGAAGGUAUGGAAAGGUUUAUCUGGAAGGUUCUUGGUGGGGAACUCAACGUCGACAACUGGACGAACUUUUUGCGCCUCGCGGUCUCUGUCACGGUUGGAGGUCCAAACUGA